AUUCAAUGUACAAAGUCCAUUUUCAAUGAGAAGGGAAGAUAUCACUCGGUCGAUAUGUGAUUUUAUCUCUUUGGAAUCAAAUGAAGCCGUUACUUAAAAGAUAUCGGAUAAAGUGUGUUGAUCUAUAUAGACGCAGGCGCAGGCGGGGCGGGCGUGCAGCGCGCGAGUGCAUGGCGCUGCUGUACCGCGCCACGCGGCUCAAGGACCGUGCUGACACGCACGUGUUCACCUUCGUGGUCACCCGCUCUGCGACUCGCGAGCCUGACCGCGACGUCACCUCCAAAGACUUCUGCUGCGCUCACCAGCGAUGGGCCGUCGCGUUCAGCCGCAGCGAGGCAUCGCUGGGCGUCUAUCUAGUGUGGAGGGGCGUAUGCGAAGGCAUGCGCGUAUACGUAGAUUUUACCUUUACGUUGCUUAGCCGUGAUCAUUUUACUGCCAAUGAGGGGUUCUCUGGGAAGCAAGUCAGAUUCUAUGCAGGAUGUGCGGCACAAGGUCGGGGACGAUGUGUAUCGCUGGCAGAACUCAAUUCAAAAUUUGCAGACGCACGAGGCGAAUUCCAACUAGAGCUAAGCAUGUCACGUGUUCGAACACUCUAUUCGUGCGAAUUGAGAGCACCAAGACUAGAUACUCCCCCGAUAGCAUUUGCUAGUUUCGAUUGGUCCGUGUCUGCUACCGGCGGCGUCGGAAAGGAACCGCUGUCUCUUCGGCUCGUGAGACUGUCGGGUGAAGGUCAACGUUGCAGAGUACGAUAUGCUCUUGCACUCGGAGAAGGGGAACGUCGCAUACACUCUGGACCUCUUGAAUACCUCUGUGACGCAGACGGUCGCACUCCAGCAUGGACCCCUCGUCCACCUUCCCGCCUUCUUCAUAAAGGGGUCCGUCUCACUGUGGAAUUAGUAUCAGCAAGGGCGCUGGCAGAACUGGCUGUGCCAGUGGGUGGUCGAGCUGCAACAUGUUACGAUCGUGAUAAACAAGCAUGGGCGCUCCGUUGUGACACACACUCGGAGACAGUGAGACUACACAUGCUGUAUCGGGACGUGCAUCACGUACCACGAAACCAUCUUCGAUACGUGAGUUGGUCAGCUUGGUUGGUGCGGGCUGCACCCGCUCCUGGCGAGCCCGAGGCUGAAGAACUGCCUGGAGCACCUUUCGAACACUAUUAUGCUCAAGAAAGCGCCGACGAGGGUCUCAUGAUGGAAACAGCACUAAAAGUAGAAGAUGUAUCUCGUGCCGGUUGCCCUUUUUUACAUCCAGGUGGAGAACUCCAAGUCCGUCUCGAGUGGACGGAUACUUAUCUUCUCUUUCAAGCAACUUACCAUGUCUAUGAUGAUUUGUGCCGUUUACAUGCUCAUCAGAUGAGACGUGAAAUAGCUGCACUACAAGCUGAAAACUAUUCAUUAGAACGGCAGCUAUUCAGCUAUCAAAAGAGUCUAGCCUACGCCCAGGCACAAGCAGGAGAACCGGCGGUAGCGGAAGGAAGUGGCAGGCGUUCGCCUGCUGAACGCUCAUUGUCUACGGACACGGAAUACGCGUGAGGCGGGCUCCGGCAGCGUACUAAUACGUUGACCGCCUUCUUAAAGCCCGCACUUGACUUUUCUAUCCUUUCGACUGAUUCUGACGUUUUUGAGCGAUUUAUCUAUUUUUCUAAACGUUUUAUGGCGAGCUGCGUCCUCGUCCACACCGCUUUUCGCCGGUCGCCUGCACUUUCGCCGCUCGGAUCUAUCGAUAGCUGAUUAUUAUAUUCGACUACUUUUCUAUUUAUCUGUACAUAAAGUAUAUUUAGAUAUAAUAUAUUAUGUAUAUUUCUUAACUUGGAACUCGAAUUCAUAUACUACGGCAGUCGAUUUAUCAAUAAAAUGUAAAAA